GAAUGUGCUGCCCCAAACACGCUCCCUCGUUCUGACAUGAGUUCCAGCUGCCUGCAGAGUCCGAUUUCCAGCGGCCAGGAGCCAGUAGACAGAGAGCCCUGAGGAGUAGCCCCCCCAGCAGGAGCGGCCAACGCUUGGGUCCACUAUGAACUGGGGGAUCUUCGAAGGGCUCCUGAGUGGGGUCAACAAGUACUCCACUGCCUUUGGGCGCAUCUGGCUGUCUCUGGUCUUCAUCUUCCGCGUGCUGGUGUACCUGGUGACGGCUGAGCGGGUGUGGAGCGAUGACCACAAGGAUUUUGACUGCAACACCAAGCAGCCGGGAUGCUCCAAUGUCUGCUUUGAUGAGUUCUUCCCUGUGUCCCAUGUGCGCCUCUGGGCCCUGCAACUUAUCCUGGUCACCUGCCCCUCGCUGCUCGUGGUCAUGCACGUGGCCUAUCGAGAGGCUCGGGAGAAGAAGCACCGAGAAGCGGUGGGGGAGGACGGCGGGCGCCUCUACCUGCACCCCGGCAAGAAGCGGGGUGGGCUCUGGUGGACGUAUGUCUGCAGCCUGGUGUUCAAGGCCGCCGUGGACACCGCCUUCCUCUAUGUGUUCCACUCAUUCUACCCCAGAUAUACCCUCCCUCAUGUGGUCAAGUGUCAUAUAGCUCCGUGUCCCAACACAGUGGACUGCUUCAUCUCCAAGCCCUCAGAGAAGAACAUCUUCACUCUCUUCAUGGUGGUCACAGCCGCCAUUUGCAUCCUGCUCAACCUCGUAGAGCUGGUCUACCUGGUGAGCAAGAGGUGCCGCGAGGGCUUGGCGGCGAGGAGAGCCAGGGCCACCGGCAUGGGCCAUUGCCCAGAUGGUGCCACCUCUUCCUGCAAGGGGGACGACCUCCUCUCAGGUGACCUCAUCUUUCUGGGCUCGGAUGCUCACCCUCCUCUCUUACCAGAUCUCCCUCGAGACCACGUGACCAAGACCCUUCUGUGAGAGCCUCCUCAUCAAACCCGGCGUCUCCCACAGAGCAGCCUUGGGGGCAGGCAGCAGGGAGGGUCCGGCACCUGCCCCAGCUGCGGGGCCUUGGGCCAGUGACCCCUCUGAGUUGAACCUGCAUUUCCUUUUAUGUAAGACGGAAGUGAAGCCCACGUCACAGGGUGUUGCUAUGAAAAGCGGUUUCUUUAGAAAAUGGAUGUGCAAGUACAUGGGGGGGGCAGGGGACGGUCAAGGCUUAAUAAAAGUCAACUCUUCCACUUGA